CGCGACAAUCAUUCCGACGGAUAUCUGCAGUACCACGUCGCACAACCUCUUAUCAGGAUAACCGCCACUGUUCAUCACGAUCCUUCCUCGUGUUCCUUCUUUCCUCGAAUCAAUUUCUCGCGCUUUUACAAAACAGUGUUCAGGCUGCGCUCUUGAUCCCAAUUCUCAUUUAAGCUCUCUUCAAUCCAUCAACACAACCAUGGACGCAGAAAAGGGAAUCCAAGAGAAGACGACACCAGUUGCUGACCUCUCACCUGGCGAUAUCGAUUUCGCAAACAAUGACGAUCUCAUCUCCAACAAAGACAUCUCCAGCUCCUAUUGGGGCGUGCUCGGAAAAUGGUCUCGCAAACUCGAGAGUCUCGGUGUCGAAGCACGAGGAAUCCAACCCGUUAGACCAGAUGAACGAACACCUCAAUCAUACUGGGGUCUCUGUAUGAUUUGGGCAUCAGCCGGUCUCACCAUUGGCACGUUGACAGCUGGACUACUUGGUCCAAACGUGUUCAAUCUCACAUUCAAUCAAACAUGUGCCAUUAUCUGGGGAGCUGGUGCCCUUGGAACUUCUGUCUCGGCAUAUCUUGCAAUCUUUGGCAAGAAGAAUGGACUUCGUGCUUUGGUCAAUACUCGUUUCAUUUUCGGUUACUACGGAGCUAUGAUCAUUGCAGCCCUCAACAACCUUACCAACAUCGUGUACGGAGUUCUUGACUGCAUUCUUGGUGGACAGACCUUAAAUACGCUGUCAAAGGGAAGACUCCCCACGAUUGCGGGAAUGGUUAUUAUGGGGCUAGUGCCGUGGUUUCUUGGCACGGCAGGGUUUAAGUAUAUCCACUACUACGAAAGAGUGGCUUGGAUUGGUCCAACAAUAGUGUUCAUCUCCUUUUUGGCAGUCGGAGCUUCUCAUUUCGAGACCUCAAUGGCACCACCCACAACCCUGGAUACAAAAACGCAAACAGGACUCAUACUAUCCUACAUCGCUGUUGUCUAUGGCUCUUUCUCCGGCUGGGUAGCUAUCAGCGCUGAUUACUAUAUCUACUUCCCUGUCAAGACCCAAUCAUGGAAGAUCUUUCUGAUGAGCUUCCUGGGAAUGUAUGUCAUGCCUGCAUUCGCCAUGACAUGCGGCGCUGGCUUGGCGACUGCUCUAUGGACAGAUGAUGCUUGGGCUGCGAAUUGGAGCGAUAAUGGGAGUGUUGCUGAUCUUUUGGAAAUUGUCCUCCGCCCCUUAGGUCCAGUCCGCUAUUUCUUUAUCUUCAUAUUCGCCUGGUCCCUUAUCUCUAACAAUGUUUUCAAUUACUACUCGAUCUCCAUUACAACGCAGAUCUUCGGUUCGAAAGCGCUGAUGCUACCUCGAUACGUGUACACGCUUAUUUCUUGCGUUAUCAUGGUCAUCAUGGCUAUUGUUGGACGCAAUGAUCUUUAUACUGUGCUCUCAGAUCUGAUGGCUAUCAUCGGAUACUGGUGUACCAUCUACUGGGUCAUCUUCGUGGAAGAGCAUCUGAUUUUCAGGGUCUGGAUGAAUAGAGGCUGGGAUUUAAGUGCAUGGAAUGAUAGGAAGAGACUGCCAACCGGAGUUGCCGCGAUCUUCGCUUUUCUAGUAGGCUGCAUGGGUGCGAUUUUGGGGAUGAGCGAAGCAUGGUAUACGGGUGUGGUGGGAAAGAUGAUUGGAAGUGAAGGCGGAGAUCUAGGAUCUGAGUUGGGGUUCUUGUUUGCCGGGGUGGCGUAUCCUGUUUUGAGAUGGGUUGAGCUGAAGUUUGUUGAUAGGUGAUGUUUAGAUUCACGAGAGGAGGGGGCACGAUGACUCGACUUUGGAGGAUUCAGAAUUUCUACUAUUGAUGGAUUGCUCACUUGUUCGCUUUGGAAAACUUGCUUACGGUACUAGCAGGCGGCUGAUAUAUGCUACGAGUCCUGAGAUCCAUGAACGUGUCAGAAACAAAUUUGCUAGUAUUUGUCAAAAUAGUCUCAACACAUUCUCCACCAAAGCUGAUGCCUUAGAUCCAAUAUUCGAUGUAGAGGUGACGACGCCUCUACCAUCUCGAU